AUGACUGCGGAAGGCUGGAAGGUGACUGAUGCCUUCAAGACUCUUCACGUCUUCCAACAAAAACCCGCGCCUGACCCCUUCGCCCACGGCAUGGAAGCCAUUAUCCAAAGCUAUCCGCCGCUCGGCCAAGUCACCCAAGUUCAACGGGGUCUGAUAUCAUUCUCUGUCAUCCUCGAGGUACCACAAGCCCGACAAGAGGAAUCAUGGCAGGUCUCAUUAUGGCAAUCGAGCGACGCCGCCGACUGGGUUGAGACCCCGACCUCGCUGGUGCCCCCUGAGACCGCACCCACGACACUUGGGUCAUCAACAGAGGGGGUUGCUCGGCUAUUCUUCAACGCCGUCAUUGAUGCCCAGGCGUCGCUUCAGUUCACCUUGAAGUUUCGCCAUGGUGAGCAUGAACCUUGGAGAUGGACCCGUGACGAGUUUGGUCUCAACGAUGGUCAUGUCAUUGUCAACACGUCAUCAGUCCGGAGUUUGCCAGGGAAUCUCGAAGACCAUAUCAAAGGCUUGAAUCCGGCGUGGCAAGUUGAGUUCUUGACAAGUCAAGCUCCCAGAACACGACUUUGGUCACUUCAGGCUCCAGUGCCUGCUUCGAAGGACGAUCGUUCUUCGGUUCUUGACCUCUCCAUUGGAAUUCCUUGGGGCCAACCCCUUCGAUGGUUUGCCCUGGUACGGACCUGGAAACCCUGGCUUGCACCGAGGCAUGGUAAAUCCAGAUUCCAUCUGGAUAAAGACGCCAUGUUGUGUUCUUUCCUUGGUCCACAGGGGAAACACUUGGUGUUGUUGGCCAUUAGCGGACUGAAUAAUGUGGCGGCCAUGUUCCAAAGCAGAGAUGACGAGGGCCUCGUCCAUGUUCAAGCCCGCAACGAUGACAUCCAUGAGCAGCAGGCUAUCAUUCUUGCUGCAAUCGGUGACAACUUCGAAAGUGCCAAUGCUUCCGUCAUGUACCAGGCGCGAAAUGUGCUGAAUGCUAGAGCUACCAAAGAUGACCAUGAAGCGGAGAUCAAAGCACUCGAGAAAGAUAUCAAGCCAGAAUGGAGGGAAAACUGGUAUGACGGACUCGGUUACUGCACCUGGAAUGGAAUAGGCCAGAAUCUCACAGAGCACAAGAUCCUAGAGGCCCUGGAUCACCUUGCCUCUGUAAAUGUCCAUAUCACGAGCCUCAUCAUUGACGACAACUGGCAGUCCAUCGAUCGUCAAGGGAAUGGCCAGUUUCAAUACUCUUGGCUUGAAUUUGAAGCUGAUUCGGAAGCCUUUCCCGACGGAUUGAAAUCUACCAUUUCCCAGAUUCGAGAAAAGCACCCCCGUAUCCAGCAUAUCGCAGUAUGGCACGCCUUGCUUGGGUACUGGGCCGGCAUAUCCCCAAACGGCAAGCUUGCCAAAGACUAUAAAACUUUGCAAGUUCUCAGGGAAGAGAGUGAGCGACGCGAACUUCCACUUGGGGGAAACAUGACCGUCAUUGCAAAAGACGAUGUCAACCGUUUCUACAACGAUUUCUAUGCGUUCCUUGUCUCGUGUGGAAUUGACGGCGUGAAAACUGAUGCCCAAUUCAUGAUGGACACCUGGAAAUCGUCCGAAGCUCGUCGUGACCUCAUCGAGGAGUACCUCGAUGCUUGGACCAUAUCGACACUGAGGCACUUUAGCAUCAAGGCCAUCUCUUGCAUGUCCCAAGUACCACAGAUCAUGUUCCAUUCCUAUCUUCAACGCAACAAGCCGCCAAUUCUCUGCCGAACCUCGGACGAUUUCUUCCCGCAUGUCCCCUCGUCGCAUGCUUGGCAUGUAUGGACGAAUGCUCACAACGCAUUGCUGACGCAGCACCUCAACGUUCUGCCUGAUUGGGACAUGUUCCAAACGAUGGGCGACUUUUCUCGUUUUCACGCAAUGGCAAGGAGUGUCAGCGGUGGGCCCAUCUACAUUACGGACGUACCUGGACAGCAUGAUCGUGCGUUGAUUGAGCAGCUCACUGGACCUACACCACGAAACAAGACGGUCAUUUUCCGUCCAAGUGUAGUCGGAAAGACCAUCGAUGCAUAUAACGACUAUCACGAUGACGUGCUCCUCAAGAUCGGCAGCUAUCAUGGCGCUGCUGUGACUGGCACCUCGAUCGUUGGGGUCUUUAAUAUUUCAUCCAGACGUUUGGCAGAGAUCAUUCCCCUUAGCUGUUUCCCCGGUGUUCUUUCAUCAAUGAAGUACAUCGUCCGGAGCCACACAGGCUUAGGCAUCUCGUCUCCCAUCUCGCCGAGCUCACCCUCGUCCAACGUGACGAUCUCGCUGCCCCAUGGGCCGGAAGGCUCCGACAUACUGUGCGCCUACCCUCUGACUGACUUUGCGAGUGAGAAUAACGGCACGGUAUAUACCGCCAAUCUUGGUCUUGUGAGGAAAUUCAGUGGCGCUGCCGCCAUUGUGAAUAGUGACUUUGAGCUGGACCACACUGGAAAAGUGCAGUUACAAACCAGACUGAAGGCCCUCGGAACACUAGGAAUUUACAUCUCGAAUCUGCCGAAGCUGACUAUCAAUGACGACUUCAUCGCCACUAUACAGGGACACAUCAUCAAGACAGAGGCCGUAUCCGUCAGCAAAGAUCAUCCUCAGCUGUUGGAAAUUGAUGUUGAGGGCGCAUGGCAUGAUCUGCAAUUGAAACCAGGUUGGAGCAAUGAGGUUGAGGUUAAGAUGACUUUUCGCAUCGACCACUUCGAAGAGUAG